AUGGCAGUUCAGGGGCCUCUUGCUGGCAGGAAUGAUCUGUCUGGCUUAACUGAGAAUCAGCGCUUCCAGAUCGAACAGUACGAGAAGAUCGUGCGCUUGAAAGAUACAAUUCUUUCUGGUCGACAUCCGACCAUCAAACCUUCUAACCUCGAUGCAUUUACCAUCCCCUCUUCCAUCCAAACGAUAGAUACCUCCAUCUCAAAUGGCGCGCCGAACAACCAAGCAGAAAAGCAACAGCAGGCUGGCAUAUCUACGCCUGCUUCUAGUAGCACCGCAAACAACAGCAAACAAUACGGGGCAGGAUCCACUGAGAUCAAUCCCAUCUUCCUAGAGAAAUCUGAAGAUUUGGUUAAAGCAGAGUUGAAUUUACAGAGAAAAAGGCUGGAAGCUGCUUUGAAAGACGAGGUCGAUCAAAAGAAGGCCACCGCGAAGAGCGCAGCUCAAGGAGAGCCUGUCUUGGAAUUUGAUCUUAACCAGGUGUUAUCCGAAGCCUUGACACGCGUUCAGAGUACCUCCGGACCUGACGCUACUGUUUCUGCUGCUGAUGCUACUAAUCCUGAUAAUGCAAGUGACUCUUUCGAUGACAACACUUUCUACUCGUCGCAGCACAACACGCCGUCCUCCGUUUUGACAUCCCGAGUUCGUAAUGAAUCCGAAGAGGCACAAGUACCCGCUUUAGAGUCGCGACCGCCGAUGAGCUACCAGAACGAUGCUAUUUCGCGAACCCGACCGACUGAUCAUGACCAAGUUCAUCCGGAAGCGUACGAGCAGGGCCAUGCUCAACCACAGCAUGCUUAUUCAAGUUCAGCAGGCUUUGGCGUCGAUAGCAGUGCACGACCUGGGCAGGUACCAGGCCUUGCCAGCUAUAAUGAAAACAGGGCCGUUGCUGGACAAGUUCCAAGCAACUUGGAUAUUGAUAGACAUGGGGGCGAUUAUGCUGCAGUCCAGCCGCCACGCCGUGAUCCGUAUGUUAUCAGCCGCCCCCCGUCUCCCCUGAGAAGGCCGUCGCAUGAUGCUCAGGCGUCGCCAUUAGCGACUGCUAGGCGGCGUCCCUUGGCUCCUGAGACUACUUCAACUUCGUCCACCGGUACUCCUGCCCAAGUCGCUGCUCUGAGAAAUGAGCCGAUUGCUGUGACCAGCCCUGAAAGCUCGCCUCAAGGUGGACGAGUUUCAGAAAAAGAAAAGAGGAAAGCAAAGAAAAAGAAGAGAAAGGCCGAUAGGCAAGCGCCAGAGGCUGAAUCAACCCCUUAUAUCAAGCCAGAGCCUCGUUCUCCGUCCCCUUUCAAUGCCCCUGCUAUUCGUCCAAAUAAGCGUCAAAGGUAUUCUCUACACCAACCAGAUGAAUCCGACUAUGAAGAAGUCAGAUAUGAGCCCCGUCCUGCUCAGUAUCAGCCAGAGCCUCUACAUAACCGCCAAGAAAGGGAUGGCCGAAUGCCAAUAAGUUACGAAAGAGUAGGCUAUCCUGCCCAACGUGCAGCAAGCACUGCUGUUCCCGGAGGUACUGUCUAUAGGCGAGAGUAUGCCGAUGAUCGGUAUGUCCAAGGAGGACCUUACGCUGUUGAGCAGUCUCCGGUUGUUUCAGCUCACCCUCAAAGACAGUCAAUUGGUGGAACGGGUAGUUCUCAAGUUCGUCAUCACGACGCUUACCAGCGCCCAUCGUGGCCAUACCCAGGAGGUCAUGAAGCCUCACCAUCUGCUUUUAGAGGAGAAGGUGAUGUCUUUAUGGCACCCAAUCGACCACCACCAACUCGAAUCAUUGUAGAUGCCUAUGGGCGUGAGUAUAUCGAGCCACCUCGUCCAACUAUCAUCCGGCAGUCCGCUGCCCCUCAUGCUCGAUCCGGCGAACCCGAGGUUAUUUACGAACGGGCUCCGCCCCGGAGGCCACACGGGAUGGAGACAUAUGACGAAGGCGGAGCAGUCUAUCGUAGACGGUCACCAUCGUAUAUGCCUAGACGGGUUGUUACACAACCAGAGUACAUUUCGCAAGAUUAUAGGGACCAGCGGCCACACGAACAUCCGUCGCGGCCAUUGGGUCACCCAGGAGAGUUCGUUGAGGUAAUGGCACCUCCAGAACGACGUCGCUUGGAGGACGGGACGAGGGAAUAUAUUACAAGGCCGGCCAGCGUGCGACCUGCGGAGUCUGUCCGCUAUGAGGUCGCCCGGGACUACGGCCGAGUGCAGAGCGUGCGACCCGAAGUACCCGUACGUCAAUAUGCACCCAGUGUCCACCCGGAGAACCGCCGUGAUGCCGCACAACCGUACGGACGAGAAUACGGUGCCUUGCCUGCGGAACCAGGCGCUGUGAGACCAGAGUACAGCACGCGACCUGUGGAACGGUACUACAAUCCACCGAUGAGAGGCGGGGAAGAAAUUGCUUUCAUUGAGCAGCCACGAGGAGCAACACAGGAGAUUGUCUAUGCAGACGAUGCCAGGAGGGAGGUUUAUCGCUAA